ACAAAUAGGGCGGGAGGGGGGGAAAGGUGAGGGGGUCAUUAAAGCCAGGAAGGGCUCCCCCCUUUCCCUCUGAGAACCAGGAGAGCCAGUCUGCAAUCGGCUGCAAAAGGGGGGGGCGUCCUCUCCCCCAAACAAGGUUUGCAUUGCAGGAUCCUCUUGGAAGCGGAGAGAUCAGCCAGACUCCGGGGGGGGGGGAGAGAGAUUUUGCUUCUCGAGACGAACCAGAGAAGGGUUCUCCCCCCCCCGCACCCCCCAUGCAACCUGACUGGGACACGGAACCAGUUGUGCCAGUUUCACCCCACGACCGUGGGUCCCCGGGGCUGUGGGUGCCAUUCAGUAUGCAUGGCCCUGGCACCGAAAUUUGUGGGUGCCCGGCCCCUUCAUGGGGAAUUGGGUGGGUGCUCAGGGACCCAGGGAGCUGGCACCUAUGCACUGUAAGGCACCAGGUGACACCCCCCCCCCCUUAGACCCAGCCUCCUAACCCAUUUUUAUGUAUUUCUUCACACUGAGCCUGGAACACCCCCCUCCCUUAGCCUCCUGCGUCAGGGAGCCGGUCUGCCCCCCCCCCAGCUCCCCUUUCAGAAAUCCUAGUCUGGCCGGCUGAGGUUGCUUUGGCACAAAGGAAAGAGCCUUGUUGGGUUCCCAUGUUGGGGGGUGCACUUGGGGGGGUUUGCUGUGCUGCUUUUGUUCCCCAAAACUGGAGGGAAGAGGCGCAUUCCUGAUUUCCUGAAGCAUGAAAAAGCACCUUGUCGGUUUCCCUCCUGCUUGGCAAGGGAAUUGGGCCCAUGGAUGGCAGGAAUUGAAACUGAUCAAGGUCUCAGGAGCCCUUUAAAAAGCUCCAAUGGAAGGAUUGGAGGAAUUAAAGAAAUGCGCCCUCCCCAGCUGGACUUGGGGGAAAGAGGAGGGGGAAUAAUUUUUUUAUGGCUGCAUCUUUCCAAAAAGAGGCUUCUCCAGAUAUCCUCUUGGGACUUUGUCGGGAAGGAGAAUCAAAGCCCCCAGGGGUGGGAGACCUGGUCUGCCUUGCAGGAUUGGCCCAGCACAGAGGUGCUGAGGGACUUUCUCUGCCUGUGCUGCCAGCCUCACUCCUGCCUGGCCUUAUAAGGAGGGUCUUAUAAUACUGUAGGUGAUCUAAAACCCACCACCUGGGCAAUGCUCACACAAGAACCCUGCAAGGUGGGCCAAAGCAAAUGGGUGGCAGGAUUUGAAGCUGAUUAGAUUCUUAGGGGACCUUUAAAUAUCCUUAUGGCAAAGACUGGAGAGGAAUUAAACGCCCCCUCCCCAACUGGAAUUUCUGGGGACAGAAAUGGAUUCGAGGGGGCGUUUCAGGAUUGGCCGAGUGCAGCAGUCCUGAGGGUCUCGCUGCCACCCUCACCCCAGGAGGGCCUAGUAAUAAGGUGGGGCGGGAUGAAAGCACAACAGCCCUGUAAGGUGGGUCAGUCUCAGUAAAAUAUAGCUGUUGUAACGGGUGUGGGCGUGUUCUCCAGCCAGAGGGCCACAUUCCCUUCUGAACAGUCGUCCAGGGGCCACAUUCCAUUGAUGGGUGGGGCCAGAGAUCAGGGUGGGUGGAGCUAUGGAUGCAAAUUUGACAUUUGUCCAGUAGCUACAUUCAUUCCAAGGGUCCUUUCCAGCCAUGCAAUAGGAGGAUCCAGGGCAGUGAUUUUAAAAGGGGGGGGGGUGUCCUGGCAGAUUGCAGAGGCCUCAAGGGCUGGAUUUGGCCCCUGCUACUGAGGUUCCCCAGCCCACAGUUAGGGUGCUGGACUUGGACCAGGGAGACCCACACUUUGCUACGCAGCUCCUGAGUGACCUUGAGUUAAAGGUCUGGAGACAUGUGCAAUUAAUGCAAGGAUUGUUAGAAAGUUUGAUGCACCUUUUGCCAAUUCCAGAGGUUGUCUAGCUCUACUUAAUAUUUGUUCCCCAGGCAAAGGUCUGCCAUCUGUGUAAAUAAAUCUGCCUUUCUCUAUUGUUCCUGCUUUGAAGUACAUCGUGACAACAGCUGAGAGAGUCCCAGAAGUGGCCCAGUUUACGCCUCCUCCAAAUCGCCUACAGCCAGUGCAAUGGCCUCAGAGGCACUGUUUGGACCGUCUCUUCUUAGAGGUGGAGUGGAAAGAGGAGCCUGGCAGCUUCCUCAGGCCCUCUUGACCUUUGAGGAGGUGGCUGUGUUUUUCACGGAGGAGGAGUGGGCUCUGCUGGAUCCUGGCCAAAGAGCUCUGCACAAGGAAGUCAUGGAGGAGAAUUAUGAGAUGGUGGCCUCUCUAGGAGAGAUUCUGAUACCCAAGUCCGAGCUCUUCUUGCUUGAGACAGAAGAAUACAGAGAUGUUGUCCAGGACAAAUGGAGAGCAGACGAUGGAGAAGGGAGUCAGAAUUCUGAAGGACCAUCUGUGAAGUGCUUCAGUGUGAGUGAGCAUCUUAUCACAAAUCUACAAAGUCACACAGGGAAGAAACCCUUUACAUGUAUGGAGUGUGGAAAGAGCUUCAGUCGGAAUGGAAUUCUUACUGUACAUCAACGAAUUCACACAGGGGAAAAACCAUAUAAAUGUAUGGAAUGUGGAAAGAGCUUCAGUUGUAGUGGAAAACUUCCUAUACACCAACGAAUUCAUACAGGGGAAAAACCAUUUAAAUGUAUGGAGUGUGGAAAGAGUUUCAGUGACAGUGGAGCAUGUACAAAGCAUCAACGAACUCACACAGGGGAGAAACCGUAUAAAUGUUUGGAGUGUGGAAAGAACUUCAGUGAAACUGGAGCACUUACAAGACAUCAACGAAUUCACACAGGCGAGAAACCAUUUAAAUGUAUGGUUUGUGGAAAGUGUUUCAUUUGUAGUGGAAGCCUUAGUGUACACCAACGAUCACACACGGGGGAGAAACCAUAUAAAUGUUUGGCGUGUGGGAAGAGCUUCAGUGAAAGUGGAAAACUUACAAGACACCAACAAAUUCACACAGGAGAGAAAGCAUUUAAAUGUAUGGUUUGUGGAAAGUGUUUCAGUGAUACUGGAGCACUUACAAAACAUCAACAAAUGCACACAGGGGAGAAACCAUUUAAAUGUAUGGCAUGUGGAAAGAGCUUCAGUGAAAGUUCCCAGCUGACUAUCCAUCUCCGAACUCACACAGGGGAGAAACCAUACAAAUGUAUAGAGUGUGAAAAGAGCUUCAGUCAGUGUUCCCACCUUACUAUACAUCAACGAAUUCAUACAGGGGAAAAACCAUUUAAAUGUAUGGAGUGUGGCAAGAGCUUCAGUGCAAGUGGAAAACUUACAAGACAUCAACGAAUUCAUACAGCAGAGAAACCAUUUAGAUGCAUGGUAUGUGGAAAGAGCUUUAGUCAAAGUGGAAGCCUUACUGUACAUCAACGAACUCAUACAGGGGAAAAACCAUUUAAAUGUAUGGAGUGUGGAAAGCGCUUCAGUGAAGGUUCAAAACUGACAGUGCAUUUAAGAAUUCACACGGGUGAGAAACCAUAUAAGUGCUUAGAGUGUGGAAAGUGCUUCAAUGUGACUGAACACCUUUAUAUACAUCUACGAACUCACACAGGUGAGAAACCAUUUAAAUGUAUGGAGUGUGGAAAGAGCUUCAGGGAUAGGGGAAAGCUUACUGUACAUCAACGAAUUCACACAGGGGAGAAACCAUUCAGGUGUAUGGAGUGUGGCAAGAGCUUCAAUCGGAAUGGAAUUCUUACUGUACAUCAACGAACUCAUGCAGGAGAGAAACCAUAUAAAUGUAUUGAGUGUGGAAAAAGCUUCACUGAAGGUCCACAACUUACCAUACAUCUCAGAACUCACACAGGGGAGAAACCAUUUAAAUGUAUGGAGUGUGGAAAGAGCUUCAGUCGGAAAGGAAUUCUUACUGUACAUCAGCGAACUCAUACUGGGGAGAAACCGUAUAAAUGUGUGGAGUGUGGAAAGAGCUUCAGUUGUCGUGGAAAACUUACAAGACAUCAACGAAUUCAUACAGGGGUCAAACCAUAUAACUGUAUCGAGUGUGGAAAGAGCUUCAGUGAAGCUUCAAAAUUGACCAUACAUCUGCGAACUCACACAGGGGAGAAACCCUUUAAAUGUAUAGUGUGUGGGCAGAGCUUCAGUCACAAUGGAAUACUUACUGUACACCUACGAACUCACACCGGGGAGAAACCAUAUAAGUGUAUGGUUUGUGGAAAGUGCUUCAGUGAGAGUGGAAGCCUUACUGUACAUCAACGAACUCAUACAGGGGACAAACCAUAUAAAUGUUUGGAGUGUGGAAAGAGCUUCAUUUGUAGUGGGAAACUCAGUGUACACCAACAAAGUCACACCGGGGAGAAACCAUUUAAAUGUGUGGAUUGUGGGAAGUGCUUCAGUGAGAGUGGAGCUCUUACAAGACAUCAGCGAACUCACACAGGGGAGAAGCCAUUUAAAUGUUUGGAGUGUGGAAAGCGCUUCAGUGAGAAUGGAACUCUUAGAAAACAUCAACGGUCUCACAGAGAAGCAGUUGUUUAAAUGGAAGGAGUUCUUAAUAAACACCUACCGACUCUCACAGGGGAGAUCCCUUUUAGAUUUAUGGAGUGUGCCAAGUUUUUCCCACAGUUCACUUUGUCCCUCAUGUCAGCAAACUGAUACAGUGGUACCUUGGGUUACAGACGCUUCAGGUUACAGACUCCACUAACCCAGAAAUAGUACCUCGGGUUAAGAACUUUGCUUC